AUGUCUGAAAAUAAUCCCGAUCCUGAAAAAGAAGAUAAAGAAUAUUCAAGCAUUGAUAUUGGUGAUCCUGGUGGAAAUGUAAAAUUAAUUAGUACAAUUCAAAGUAUAGGGCCAGGUGAAGAUGAAGAUGGACCAUCGAUUGUAGGAAUUAAACCGGAAGCUGUUUUUGGUGGUUUGCAAGCACUAGAGAAAUUGGAUAUAAAAGACAACAUAGAAGAAGGUAUAAAAGCAAUUGAUAAUGAUUCAAAAGAAGAAAGAGCAAAAGAAACUGAAUUGAUCACUGCUCGUAUAAAUCAAUUGGAUAUUUUUAUAACAAUUGGAUUAUACUAUUCUUCCCUGGUUAUAAGUUGGUUGACGCAAUUAGGUGAUUCUGAGUCAGUUCAGGACUUUUUUAUAAAAUUGUUUUUCGAAUCGUUUAAGAUCGACGAGUGGGAUUUUGGUGAUUUGGAUUUGGUAGGCAAGAUAUCUGGUGCAACAACAACCUUACAAACCUCCUUAUUUGGAAUAGUUGGGUUGGCUAGACUCGUGUAUACAGCAUUAGGGAAAAAGAUUCCAAAACUCAUUGAUGGUCCGAUGUAUUUCGGCGGACCAUUCCAAAUUUUACAUGUGAUUAUUCCUGGAUCAAAUGAUUAUAUUCAAUCAAUUCGAAGUUUCGAUGCCAGAUUGUCGCAAUUGUUUGGUGUAAUUAGCCAAAUAUUAAUUGUCGUUGCUGCAAUUUACGCUAUUGGAUAUCGAAAUGAGGCAUUAGAGCCCUUUGCUACUGGUAACGAGACAGCGAUUGGUCCAGGGUAUCAGCCUGGACCUGAUACAGAAGAUCAGAAUGGUGACCAAAUCCAACCUGGGAAUUCGACACAUAUUACAUUGGCGGUUAAGAAUGCGGCGAUUUUUGCCAAGGCAACAUAUAUGGUAUCAAUUUGUGCUAUUAUUAUGACAUCGUUGUUGAAUAUUGUUCAAUGGAUGGCGGAUGCUUGGAGAUUGAACAAGGAUGAAUUGAUUGUUUACACAGCAUUCAAAUUAAUCACAAGAUUGUUAUUGUGUCAACCGUGUUUUGGCGACGAUUGGUUAAAGAAAAGGACUGCUAAAAGUAAAAAAACAAAACAACCUAAAGAUCAAAAAUUAUUAUUAGAGAAAAAAAGUCAAGAUCCAGGUGGAGGAGGAAGUGGGGAAAAAGUUGGCGAUAGUAAAGGUGGUGGUGGGAAUAAAGAUGGUGAUGAGAAAGGAGGCGGCGAAAAAGACAAGGAGGAAAAUAAAGACGAAGGUGGAGAUGGUAGUGAAGAAAAAGAAUUAUCUGAAAAAGUUUGA